GCAGAAAGUAGCAUAAUAGUCAUGAGCUACCUACUAUUAUGCUCAACUUACACGACUGUGUUGCUUCUGGUUUAUUACAUAGGACAGCGUGUUACAAAUCAGAAUGAUCUAUUCCGUCGAGGACUAGCCAAGCUACAGUGGAUAGGCAAACCGACCUGGUUCAAGCAGACGUUACUCAUAAUGAUGAUAAAAGCAAAUACUGACAUUGAAAUAAAACCAUACAGCCUUUAUGUCCUGAACCUAACAUCAUACAAAGAUAUCAUGAAGGCUGCUUUCACUUAUGGUAACAUAAUUUACAGCAGAAAAUCAGCAUAG